AGUGGAGAGGAGACUGACGCCGACACGAAGGAGGUGGAGGGACACGUGUACUUGGAGGACAAGGAGGAGGGUGGUGAUGUUGCUGCGGGUGGCAGCGGCAAUGUGAAGAAGGACGAAGGACGUACGCAUUUGGAUGAAUACUUGGACAGUGGAGAGGGGACUGACGUGGAGAAGAAGCGAGCGGAGGGACACGUGUUCUUGGAGGACAUGGAGGAGUGUUCGGAAGCAGCGGGUGGCAGCGGCAAUGUGAAGAAGGACGAAGGACGUAUGCAUUUGGAUGAAUACUUGGACAGUGGAGAGGAGACUGACGCCGACACGAAGGAGGUGGAGGGACACGUGUUCUUGGAGGACAUGGAGGAGGGUGGUGAUGGUGCUGUGGGUGGUAGCGGCAAUGUGAAGAAGGACGAAGGACGUAUGCAUUUGAAUGAAUACUUGGACAGUGGAGAGGAGACUGACGCCGACACGAAGGAGGUGGAGGGACAUGUGUUCUUGGAGGACAUGGAGGAGGGUGGUGGUGAUGCUGCGUUUUUGUUUUGUUGA